AUGGGGCGCGGGCAAUGCAAGACACUGGAACUGAGCGUGAAGACCGUGCGACCAUUGCAGAUCGAUCUAUGCCUCAAUGACAUCAUUUGCUCGAGCCGAGUCUUCGAGAAGGAUACAUUGCAGGGCGAUGUCAUCGCUGCAGCGGUGGAGGCUGUGGCGCCCAUUGCCUUGGUGGGUGACAAUGUCAUUGAACCAGAUGGCUUACUCUACUACGUGGCACUCGGUCGGAGAAAAAACUACUAA